AUGGACAGGAAGUUACCGGAGCCAGUGUUUGAGCUAGUCAGAGAAGCGCUUAAUGAGGAGCGGAGGGAUAAGAGGAGGAAGUUGAACUCUGCUGGUGCUGAUGGGCAUACUAUGACGAUUGUGGAUAUUACUGGUGAUGAUGAUGAUGAGAACACCACGAAAAGCGUAGAACAAGACAGUAGUAGCGAUGAAGACGAGUUUUAUGACAGUGAUGAGUUUGAGGAUGUAUCAUUAGAACACCCAUCUGGUGAAGAGGGGGUUUUAUCCGUAACCUUCGACCGUGCAAGCAGCAAAGCUGACAAAGCUAAACGACGGAGUACCGUAGUGGAUGCAGAAGUUAGAUCUUUUCGCAAGUUUAUGCAUUGUUUUCACAUUGUGGCGAUGUUAGCCCAUUAUAACCUGCGAAAUGAGUGGUUGAAUGACUCUAAGUUACAGGAGAAGUUAUCUGCAUUGGUGCCAGACAAGGUCUUCGAAAAGCUGAAUCCAGAAAAAGAUGAGGAGAUGCCGCUGCGAUCUACAAGGAAACUUCUAGAUGGACUAAAGGAGUGUAUGAAGUUGUGGAAGAAGCACUGCAAGUUUAUUGAUGAUAAAAACGAUGGACUUUACAUGUGGCGAUGGGACGCUUUGGCGUCCGGUGCUUGGACAGUGAAGAAGCAGGUCAAUCUGCGACAGUAUAGAAGAAUACUGAGCAAGGCAACGAUAAUGUCCAGAAAAGUAGCAUUGGAGGGUUUUGUAGCAAUGUUACGGGGAUGUGGGGUUAAUGCAAGACUGGUGGCGAGCUUACAGCCCCCAGACAUUACAGAUAUGACGCCUACAUCUGGUAAUAAAGGAGCUAAGAGUGACGUCAAGACAAAUAAUGAAAAGUUUGAAUAUCCCGUUGUAUGGUGCGAAGUGUGGGACAAAUUCUCCAAGAAUUGGAUCAGUUUAGAUCCUAUAUGCAAAGAUACUAUAGAACAGAUACGAUAUAAAACCAAAUUUGAACCCGUUGGCAAAUAUGCAAAAUUCAACCAGAUACGAUAUGUGAUAGGUUUUGAUAGGAAAGGAGGAUGUAUUGAUAUUACCCGUAGGUAUGCAUCUAAUUUCAAUGCUAAGGUAAGAAAGCAGCGUGUAACAAGGACGCCGGAAGGUGCCAUAUGGUACCAGAAAGUUAUACAAGCAUUUCAUAAACGAAAACGCACCAGAGUUGACGACUACGAGGAAGAGUACUUUAAGACAAGAGAUGAGGUAGAGGGUAUCCCUAACAAUGUUGCUGAUCUCAAAAAUCACCCAUACUUUGUACUGGAAAAGGAUAUGAAGCAGAAUGAAACUUUACGCAGCGGUUGCGAACAAUGUGGGUUUCUGCGACUUAAAGGGACAAAAAAAUCAAAUGGAGGCACGCUCAAGGUAUACAAGCGGCAAGAUGUAUUGGAGUGUCAAUCCGGGCGGCAUUGGUUUAUGCAAGGAAGGGUCAUUAAGAGCGGAUCGAGGGCGGUUAAGACUAUAACGGUCAAAAACUUUAAGACUCGAGAAGUGGAAGAGGAACGGCUCUAUUCUAUUGACCAGACAGAGCGUUAUGUCCCACCUCUAGUAUUAAGCGAUGGCGAGAUACCAGUAAACGCCUACGGAAACAUAGAUGUUUACAAGCCGUGGAUGAUACCAAAGGGCUGUACCCUUAUUGAAAGCAGGCAUGCAAUUAAAGCGGCUGCAUUCGUUAAAGUGCCCUUUGCAAAAGCUGUAACCGGCUUUUCAUUUGAAAAGGGUAGAAGUGUGAAGCCCAAAAUCACUGGUGUCGUAGUACAAUCGCAGUACACAGAAGCGGUUUGCGCUCUAAUCGAAGCCAUUGAGUGUCAGGCACAGGAAGAUAAAAGAAAAGAUCGUGAAAUUGAAGCGUUACGGUGUUGGUCAUUAAUGCUUGCUCAGCUACGAGUCAAGAAAAGACUCAAUGAUAGACACGGGGUGGUUUCUGAUAAACUGGAAGACGUAGAUGUUGAAACAAGUGAAAACGAACAAACUGAAAUACAUGAUGGAGGUUUCCUUCCGGAGGAAGGUGGCUUUCUUGCAGACCCUAACAAUGAACCCAGUCUUGAACCAGCCAUAACUCAUAAUGAUUCCGUGGAAGCUGAUUUACCUUCUGAGAAAGCCGCGACGACAGCGUUACCGAAUCCAGGUAUUUCGUCUGCUAAUGAAUUCGAGCAAUUUUUGGAAGAACUUAACGACGGUGAAGAAAAUAAUGGUAGUGGUAACGAUGAUGAAGCGUACGAAUAA